AUGCCGGGCAAACAACCAAACCUGUUCGCGUUCAACGACGUGAACGCGCUCGCGCCGGCGCUGCGAUCCUACGUCAUAUCCUGCCAGAAUGCCGGCCUGACGCGCCACGACGCCUUCAAGGUCGGCGUGUCGGGCGGCUCGCUGCCCAAGACGCUGGCGCAGGCGCUGCUGGCGGAGCCGACGUCUGAGGAGGACACGGUCAAGUUCGACAAGUGGGAAAUCUUCUUCGCCGACGAGCGCGCCGUGGCGCUGGACCACGACGACAGCAACUACGCGCUGCUCAAGACGGAGCUGCUAGACAAGAUCCCGGCCGCCAUGGGCCAGCCGACGGUGCACCCGAUCGACACGCAGUACCUGAGCGACACCCAGGAGCUCGCCGACCAGUAUGAGAAGACGCUGGUCGCCUCGUUCGCCAAGGGCGACUCGGUCAAGCUGCCCAUCUUCGACCUGCUGCUGCUGGGCUCCGGGCCCGACGGCCACACCUGCAGCCUGUUCCCGGGCCACGCGCUGCUGCGCGAGACCGACGCCUGGGUCGCGCCCAUCGAGGACUCGCCCAAGCCACCCGCCCGCCGCAUCACCCUUACCCUGCCCGUCGUCACCCACUCGGUCAAGGUCGCCUUCGUCGCCACCGGCGCCGGCAAGAAGGACAUCAUGAAGCAGAUCUUCGAGGAGGGCAACGGCCUGCCGUGCGCGCUCGUCAACGAGGCCACCGGCGAGCGCUGUAGCUGGUUCACCGAUAACGCCGCCGUCGAGGGCGUCUCCUUCCCGCGACGAGGCUUCCUAUAG